ACUUGCCGUUCUCCCUUUCCUUGCCCGGCUCUGCGAGCUUGCCGCCAUGCGUGCCGAUUGAAUAGCUUGAAAGCUCCACAAGAGAGGGCAACAUAGAAACUAGUGGGCUAUCCAUUGGCAGUCCGAUGACCUCCGCCUCCGCCAUCCGCCGUGGCGGACUCAGCAGCCUGCUCGUAUUCGACCGCCGUCUCGGAUCAUCCUACGUCCUUCCUUUCACCCUGAUCACACUCCUCUCCGCAAUCCUCAUCUUCGUCCUCUUCGUUCACAUGGCGAUAAACAACCUAAAAUCACGAACUCGAACAGUUGCGGGACACAAUCUAGAAGCCACGCCCUGGCAUCCAUUCAACCUCGACGAUCGGCACCUCGACGCCUCUGCCUCCCGAAUCCUACGCUGCUCGUACCUCUCCUGCCUCCGCCGCUCUCCCCCAAGCAAAAUCUCACAACACUCAUCGCCCGCGCCAGCGUGCCCGGCCUUCUUCCGUUCGAUUCACCGCGACCUCGAGCCCUGGCGUCGUUCCCGCAUCUCACGCACCGUGCUUGCCGAGGCCCGAAAGUACGCUGCGAUGCGAGUCGUGAUCCUUGGCGGUAAUCGCCUCUACGUUGAUCUCUACUACUCGUGCGUGCAGAGCAGGGCCAUGUUUACUGUCUGGGGCUUGCUGCAGCUGCUGCGAAGGUACCCUGGGAUGGUUCCCGACGUCGAUCUCUUCUUCGACUGCAUGGAUCGUCCUGCAAUUAACAGGACGGAAUACGAUCUGGCAGGCACUGGAAAGCCCCCGCCGCCUCUCUUCCGUUACUGCACGACGAAGGAUCAUUUUGAUAUUCCGUUUCCCGAUUGGUCUUUCUGGGGCUGGUCCGAGGUUAACAUCAAACCAUGGGAUGAACAGUUCAGAGAGAUAAAAAAUGGGUCUCAAAAAAUUCCGUGGAAAAUGAAAGACGACAUUGCAUAUUGGAAAGGAAAUCCAGAUGUUCAGUCUCCAAUACGGAUCGAGUUACUGAAAUGCAAUGACACAAAGCAAUGGAAAGCCCAAAUCAUGCAUCAGGACUGGAUACAAGAAUCAAACUCUGGGUUCAAGAAUUCCAGACUUUCAGACCAGUGCAAGCACCGUUUUGAAAUCUAUGCUGAAGGUUUUGCAUGGUCAGUGAGCCUGAAGUACAUUCUUUCAUGCGGAUCUGUUUCACUAAUUAUAGAUCCACAGUACGAGGAGUUCUUAAGCCGCGGGCUCAUCGCUAGUGAGAACUACUUGCCGAUCAACAUCUCGAACUUAUGUCCUUCUAUAAUGUCUGCAGUCGACUGGGGAAACAAUCACCCAUCUAUGGCAGAGGCUAUAGGCAUAAAGGGGCAGCAAUUAAUGGAAGAUCUGAGCAUGGAUCGUGUAUACGACUAUAUGUUUCACCUUAUUAUGGAGUAUUCAAAACUGCUGGACUUUAAGCCAACUCCACCUCCAUCUGCUCUCGAAGUAUGUAUGGCUGACGAAAAACAGAGAGAAAUACUUGAAAAAUCAUCAAGCUUGCCUUCUUCCACGACAGCAUGCACUCUACCAACGCUGGAAGGUUAUAAUGAUUAAUUAUAUCAU